AGGAUGUGUGGGUGGAGGCGGAACAGUCCAGGUGACAAGCUGUGGUAGCCUGGGUGGGCGUGGGCUGCUGCGAGUGACCUGUAGGUGUGUUUCAGGGCUGGCACAGCAGGGUGGGUGGGUUGGCACUGUUUGGUACUGCUGCCUCCACCGAGGAGAACUUGGAUUGGGUGGGGUGGCUGGGGAGAGGGCUAAGAAGUGAACCGCAGCGAUAUGGGACCAGGAGGUGGGGAGGGUCAACACUCUCAAUGUGGCCUCCUGAGGGUUGGCUCCUUUCCAAAUGCGGUCCUCUUCUCUCCUGUUCCCCACCCCCCACUCCCCACUCUAGAACCGGAAAGCAGAAUGUCUGGUCUGGUCCCUCCCACCCCACACCAGGCCCGGCUCCUGCACCGUUGCCAUGGAGAUGGGAAGCAGUGGAGGGUACUGCUGACUUUGGGGGAGUGGGGAUGGGCUGGGGGGAGGAGGGUUGGGGAAGGAAAGACGAAAUGUUUAAGGAAGAGAGUUCCAAGAACUGUAGGCGAGCAGGCAUCUAACCGCGGGCUGAGGACCCCUCCCCCUCGCGGGGACCGAGCUCCGAAGUCCCCACGCCCCAGUUGGUCCUGUUGCCCAACCUGCGGGGCUCCGGAGGAGACUCCGGGCCUCCAGUUCAGUCUGCUGACCGCCCUACACCACAUACCACCAGUCAGUAUGACCUCAGCCACUCCCCCUCUGCAGCCUCAGCUCUACAGGAACCGGUGGCAGGUGGGAUGAAAGGAGGCCCUGGGGCUGCCCAUUGGGAUGGGAAGUAAUGACAGUCUUGCUGGAAAUCCUAAAGGCGAAGAGGUGUUGGGGACCAAGGAGACCCAAGGGGAAGAAGAGGAAGAGGAAACCACAUCACCUAUUUCCAGUUCCAACCCUUUCCCCAGCCCUUCUCCCACACCAGAGGACACCAUCAGUUACAUCUUGGGCCGCUUGUCCGGCCUGGAUGCAGGCCUACACCAAUUGCAUAUUCGACUGCACACUUUGGACACUCGUGUGGUCCAGCUGACCCAGGGACUGCGGCAGCUGCGAGAUGCUACAAGUGAUACCCACAACUCCGUGCAAGCCCUAAAGGAGGCACAGGUCCGGGCUGAGCAGGAGCACGGCCGCCUGGAGGGCUGUCUGAAGGGCAUGCGCCUGGGCCACAAGUGCUUCCUGCUCUCGCGGGACUUCGAGACCCAGGAGGCCGCGCAGGCGCGGUGCAAGGCGCGGGGCGGGAACCUAGCGCAGCCGGCAGACCGCCAGCAAAUGGAUGCGCUAGGCCGGUACUUGCGCGCCUCGCUCGCCCCCUAUAACUGGCCGGUGUGGCUGGGCGUGAACGACCGGCGCUCUGAAGGGCUCUACCUUUUCGAGAACGGACAGCGCGUGUCCUUCUUCGCCUGGCACCGCGCGCCCAGCCCGGAGCCUGGCGCCCAUCCUAGCGCGGCAUCACAUCCACUCAGCCUGGAUCAGCCCAAUGGCGGCGUCCUGGAGAACUGCGUGGCGCAGGCCUCAGACGACGGUUCCUGGUGGGACCAUGGCUGUGAGCGGCGCCUCUACUUCGUCUGCGAGUACCCUUUCUAGAGAGCCAGUCCUUGCCUCAGAGCUCUUAAGACACAUUCUUCUCCGUGUACCCUGCUGUCCGGGACGCUCAGAGGUUUACAAUAACCAUGAAUAAAUUUUUAAUAAGAAAAGGCUUUUUAUUUUAGAUAUUUGCACCCAGGGUGGUUGAGGUCAGGUGUGCCCUUCAGAGAACUCCAAAGACGCAGCCUCUAGC